CGCGGGCACCCGGAGUCCGUGCGUUCAGGCCGCUCUGUUAGCGCCCAUCACCGAACACGGUCGUAGGUCGCGGCUGCUUUCUUCCCCUCGUUCGGAACAGGGACUGCCACCGACGUUUGGUAAACGAUUGGUGAAUGAAUGGGUAGGUCUGGUAUUGCGAGGCUAAAACAGGCUGGUGCUCUCCAGGUAUUUCCAUUCUAGGAGAGAAGCUAGCAAGUGAAUGGAAUUUCCCGACUCCAGGGGCACGUCCUACAACCGCUCUUCGUGGCCCCUCACCCUUUCUAUUUUAUAGGCUUGAGUUUCAGGCUGAGUCAAGCCAAGUUUCCUCACCUCCCCACAAGAGUGGCAGUUUGUAUACGCUCACUAGAUAGGCGAAUGCGCUCCACGAAGUAAGAGAAGCUGAAGUUGAUACCGUAAGACAAGUAGAAAUACAGUCUAAAAGUGCAAAAACAAAACAAAACCCGUUGUUGAAUCAAUUCCAACUCGUAGCGACCCUAUAGGCAGGGUAGAACUGCCCCGUAGGGUUUCCAGGGCGCGCUAGCCACCGGGUUUUCUGAAAGUGCACAACUUUGGAGUGACUGAUACCACGGGGGAGAAGGGCUGGGGGUGGCCUUUUCAUCAGAGAGCAGGUCCUAUUGUUUGAAGUAAGGUUUACCACAGGCUGCUCAUUCAUCUUUUUCCUAGAUGUACUGGUUCUUGUUUGUUCCCAUAACCUCUCCUACCCAUCAGUAGCGAUGUCUUAAUAACAACAAAAUCAAUAUGUAUUGAUUGGUACAUGGUGUUAAGCACUUAAUAUACAUUAUCUUCAGCGUCAUCAUUACCAUUCUUGAAGUGGGCACUAUUUUUGCCUUCAUUUUAUUAGUUAUGAAAGGGAAACAGUUUGCUCAAGUUUGCACAGCUGGUAAAUGGAGGAGCCAGAAUGAAUGCCAUCAUUCUUAACCGUUUACACCCAUUCUGUGUCCUUUAAGAUCUACUUCUAAUCUGAAGUUUCUUCUUUUGGGAAACAUCUCUCAGCUUCCGUUCUUCAGAGGUGGACCAUGUCAUUAGACUUUGGAAGUAUGGCUCUGCAAACACAAAAUGAAGAUGAAGAAUUUGACAAAGAAGACUACGAAAGAGAGAAAGAGCUGCAGCAGUUACUCACAGACCUUCCCCAUGACAUGCUGGAUGACGACCUCUCCUCUCCCGAGCCCCACUCUUCUGACUGCAGCGAGGAUGGCACAGAGGCAGAGUAAGACCCUCCAGUCACUUUCACUUGGAGCACGUCAUUCUCAGGAACCGGAGAUGAACUGGAAUGAGCAUCAAGUGCUGCCUAAAUCUCAAAGUAAUUAUAACCAGGUCCGGGAUUUAUACGUUGGAGAGAAAUGCGGCAAUGGUUGGGAAGAGAAUCAAAGUAAAAAUGAAGACCGAAAUCCUAGGUACCGUCCUGAAGAAGUCGGAGAUGAAGGUGGAAGUGGUUAUAGUCCUCCAAGUAGAUAUGAGCAGGCUGAUUUAUAUCACCUUCCCGAAAACUUUAGGCCAUACACCAAUGGUCAGAAGCAGGAAUUUAAUAACCAACCAACCAGUGUAAUUCAUUUUUCAGAUCCUCAAAGGAACCAUUUUCAGCAAUUUGGUACAUCACAGAGUCCUAGUUGUCCAGCUUUGGAACCUCGUAAAGUGACAUAUAAACCCUAUCAAUCCUCUGCCCAGGACAGUGGCUCAGCAGCCCAGGAGGCAGCAGGAAGAGACGCAUUUGAAGGGCUGCAGCAGCAGUUUUUAGGAGCUAAUGAAGCAGAUUCUGCAGACAAUAUGCAGAUUGUUCAACUUCAGGUUCUUAACAAAGCAAAAGAAAGACAACUAGAAAAUUUAGCUGAAAAGUUAAAUGAAAGUGAACGUCAGAUUAGAUAUCUGAAUCACCAGCUUCUGAUAAUCAAAGAUGAAAAGGAUGGUUUGGCCCUCAGUCUUCGAGAAUCACAGAAACUUUUUCAGAAUGGAAGAGAGAGGGAGAUGCAGCUUGAAGCACAAAUAAAAGCACUGGAAACCCAAAUACAGGCAUUAAAAGCCAGUGAAGAACAGAUGAUCAAGAAGUCCAGAACAACUGAAAUGGCUCUGGAAAGCCUGAAGCAGCAACUGCUGGACCUUCAUCAUUCUGAGUCACUUCAUCGAGCUAGAGAGCAGCAUGAGAGCAUAGUUAUGGGCCUCACGAAGAAGUACGAAGAGCAGGUGUUCUCCUUACAGAAGAAUUUAGAUGCUACAGUUACUGCACUUCAGGAACAGGAAGACACUUGCUCUCAAUUGAAAGAUCACAUAAAACAACUGGAAAGGAUUCAAGAAGCAACCAAAUUAGAAAAGACUGAGAUCAUUAGCAGAUUGACCAGAAGUCUAGAGGAGAGUCAAAAGCAGUGUGCCGGCUUGUUGCAAUCAGGCUCAGUACAGGAAGUGGCUCAGCUACGGCUACAGCUGCAGCAAGCACAAAAGGCAUAUACUAUGAGUGAAAACAUGAACAAGGCUUUUCAGGAAGAACUAAAAGAACUAAAAAAUGAAAUUUCUCUCUAUGAGUCUGCUGCAAAACUAGGAAUACUGUCGAGAGACUCAGAAGGAGAAUUAAAUAUAGAACUUACUGAAUCAUAUGUGGAUUUGGGUAUUAAAAAAGUCAACUGGAAAAAAUCCAAAAUGAACAGCAUUGUGCAGCAAGAAGACCCAAAUGAAGAGCUUUCCAAAGAAGAAGUCAUUCUGAAGCUGAAGGCUGAAGUACACCGCUUGCUGGGUAGCAACUCGGUGAAGCGCCGUCUGGUUUCCCAGCUGCAAAAUGAACUCAAAGACUGUCAUAAAAAGAUUGAAGAUCUCCAACAAGUGGAGAAGGUUGAGAAAAACAUUGAGGUCGAGGUUUGUUGGACUAAAACAGGUAGCUCAGAGAUACCAACUAAGCAAUUACGGCCUGACUCUUCUACUUCUGCCAUGAUUGUCAAAGAUGAUGUUCUGCGACUUACAGAUGAAAUUCAGGUUUUACAACAACAAAAUCAGGAACUUAAAGAAACUGAAGAAAAACUGAGAAAUACAAAUCAAGACUUAUGUAAUCAAAUGAGGCAAAUGGUACAAGAUUUUGACCGUGAUAAACAAGAAGCUGUGGAUAGGUGUGAGAGGACUUACCAGCAGCACCAUGAAGCCAUGAAAACCCAAAUUCGUGAGAGCCUAUUAGCAAAGCACGCUUUGGAGAAGCAGCAGCUCUUUGAGGUUUAUGAGGGGACUCGCUUGCAACUUAGGUCUGACUUAGAUAAGAUGAAUAAGGAGAUGGCUACUAUGCAGGAAUGUUACCUAGCACUGUGCCGAGAGAAGGAUAAUCUUGAAUGGAAUCUCAGGAAGACCAUUGAGAAGGAGCAACAAGCUCAGGAGGAGAAGAAGCAGCUUUUGGAAGAGAGAGAAGAGUAUGUAAGCAAACUGCAGGUGAAACUUGGAGAAAAAUAUCAUGGUAUUCUUAUGAUGGAAAAGGACAAGUGGCAGAAAGAACGAGAAACUGAUAUUAAACAGAAGGUUGAAGCUGAAGUGAUGUUAGCCAAAGCACACUGGGAGACGGAACAGAAGGAGAUCAAACAAGAGCUCACUCAGCAGUUUGAAAAGGAGUGGCAGACUAAGCUGGAUGAAACUCUAAAGGAAAUGAAAAAGAAGACCUCAGAUUGUGGCAGCCAGACUGACCAAGUAUCUGCCAUUGAUGUUCUUUCCAAGGAAGAGAUGGCAACGACGGUAGGAGAGCAGACGCGCAAGACCCAGCACGAUUUAGAGCAAGAGGAAAAUGCUCUCCAGAAGGGCUGGAGGAAACAAGAAAUUGAACUGGAACUCAAGUAUUGUGAAAAUGUUGCCAAACAGGUAGAAAUAGCUGUGCAAAAUGCUCGUCAUCGAUGGCUGGAAGAGCUGCCUGAGCUGGCGGAGUAUAAAGCAUGUAUAAGAGCAGAACAGAAGAAAUGGGAAGAACAACAAGAGAUCGCUGUGGCCAAACGGGUACUAUUUGCUGUUUCUGAAGCUAAAGAGAAAUGGAAAAGCGAGCUUGAAGAAAUGAAGAAAAAUACAAUACCUGGCAAGGAAUUGGAAGAGAAGAUCCAUUCUCUUCAGAGGGAACUUGAGUUAAAGGACGAGGAAGUUCCUGUGGUUGUCAGGGCUGAGCUGGCUAAGGCCUGGAGUGAAUGGAACAAAGAAAAGCAGGAAGAAAUCCACAGAAUUCAAGAACAAAAUGAGCAAGAUUACCGGCAAUUUUUAGAUGAUCAUCGAAAUAAAAUUAAUGAGGUGCUUGCGGCAGCUAAGGAAGACUUUAUGAAACAAAAAACUGAACUUCUUCUUCAGAAGGAGACGGAAUUACAGACAUGUCUAGACCAGAGUCGUAGAGAAUGGACUAUGCAGGAAGGCAGGCGCGUCCAAGUGGAAAUUUAUCAAUACGAAGAAGACGUCUUAACCGUGCUUGAGUUUCUCUUAAGGGAUGCCCAGAAGGAACACGUCGCUGGUUCAGAGAACACUCAGCUUUCAGAAGUCAUGUCAACUUGUUCAUCAAAAUGGGCGUCUGUGCAAUAUUUUGAAAAACUAAAGGCCUGCAUACAGAAAGCAUUUCGAGAUACACUCUUCCCACGUAUAGAAAAUGCUGGCCCACAGUGGGAAAAGAAAAAUGUGGCUAAGCUCUCUAAGGAUCAUGCUAGCAGGGGCACUGGCAGAGGAGAUCCUGGAGUCCCAACAGCCCUUCCUGUACCCACUUCCGGACACCAUGCUCAGCCCUUGGCCUUGCCAGAAACAGAAGCAGAAGCUGAAGAGAAUAGUAAAGUUGUUGAAGAGUUAAUAGACGAAAACAAUGACAUGAAGAAUAAAUUGGAAGAACUGAAAACACUUAGUAAAACACCACCAAGGUCAUUGUCAGAAGGAGCCAUUGAAAAUGCCUGCAUGCUGUGCAAUGGGAAGGCCUUGGAAGAACUUCGUGGGCAAUACAUUAAAGCCGUAAAAAAAAUUAAGCGCGACAUGCUCCGCUAUAUCCAGGAGAGCAAGGAAAGAGCUGCUGAAAUGGUAAAAGCAGAGGUAUUUCGAGAACGUCAAGAAACCGCCCGAAAGAUGCGUAAAUAUUAUUUGAUUUGCCUCCAACAGAUUUUGCAGGACAAUGGAAAACAGGAAGGGGCUGAUAAAAAGAUUAUGAAUGCUGCUAGCAAACUUGCUACAAUGGCAAAAUUGUUGGAAACACCUAUUUCUAAAAGAGCCCAGAGCAAAACUACACAGUCCGAUGCACUGCCUCUGACUUCAGACAUGCUGAUGGGAGUUGAAAAAUCAAAAAGGAGUGAUGUGAAUCAGCGUAUUCCUGGCUACACUGAAAGCAAAUCAAACAGUGUCCCCCGAAACCUGUGUGAGCAGGUUCCCAAGAGGCAGGCUGCUUGUGACCUACGAAGGCGGUUAGAGGACGCGGAGAAUGGGGACAGAAAGCUUGGCGGCUCCAAGGGGUCACAUGCAGACUUCAGUUUCGGGAAUAAUGGCUGCAGUCAGCUAGACAUCUCGCCAGGGAGUGUUUCUCCUGAGUUUGUUCCUUGUGAAGGUGAGAGAGGCUUGGGUUUGCAUAAGACAAAAGAUCUGUUCAGUGACAUUGGCUCUGAAUCUCCUUUGCAUUCAGCCGUGUACCCCUUUCUUGGCACUUUCGGAAAUAAACCCUCACCUAGAUGUACCCCAGGUUUUUCUGAAUCAGGAUCCACGCAUACAGCCCUUCGAGGUUCCAGUGAAAGACCUGGUUUAAAAGUAUACAAGUGCAGCCCGCUGACGGAAAGUGAAAAUGCCGUACCGGGGACAGGCCAUGGUUCAGGCGUCCAGGAAACCCCAGUCAAGGAUGGAGGCGCCCUCAGCAUCUCCUCAGCCUGGAGCGCCAGCAGUGCGACUCUGCCCUGUCACAGCCAUGAAGUGUCAUUUUUACACAGUGGGCCACAAGGAACCCUGGAUAUACUAACUGAAUCUCUUAAAUCCAAACCGUUCUCAGCAACUAAUUGCCUUCCAGAUAUAGAGGAAAAUAAUAUGACUUGUAAACAGAGGAAAUGUCAGACUGAUCAUGUGCCAGGCCUGUCAGCAGAAACCAUGUGUCCCCAGCCAGAGAAGAUGAGUGUGAUUCCUGGACACCCAUCUCAGCACACGGCUCAUCUAUUAAAGUCAGAUUUAAAAGAGCUCUGCAGCCCAGUCCCACCUUCAGCGUAUCAGCAGCCUGCGAGAAGGUCAGUCCCUCCCUAGUGAGCCAACGAGAGGGCAGCUUGGCUAGCCCACUCGUCCAUCUAGACUAACUGUUGGACAGUAUUUAAGAAGAAUCGCUAUAACAUUGAGAAGAAAACUGAAGGGAAGACUUCAUACUGAAAAAAUUGUGGGCUCUGCCUGUUUUGAGAUGUUUAAUAACAUCUAUUACAUGAGUAAAGUAUUCUCAUAAAACUACCUGAGAUACCUGUGUUGCCUUAAUCUUCCAGAGGCCCGACGGCGUACAUGUAACCUGCUUCUUCUGUGUGCUGCUUAUAUUUGGUUGCUAAACGGUCUAUUUUUGUACUUAUAAAUUUGCUCAUUGUGCAGUAUUAAAUUAUUACCUAUUUAAAUAAACUUGCAUAUGGUCCGUAGAAUUGUUAUGAAUUAUUUUGUAAUUCACAGUAUAUAAAUGUUAUAUUGGCAUUGUGUUUGAAAUUCAUCCAGAAAAAAUAUAAACUUUGAUUAUUUGCAUGUAUGAUCAGUAAAAUUUAAUUUUUAAAAUUAGCCGUUUUAAUGAGGCUAUAGACCUUUCCUGAAAAUGUCUACCCAGAAUUUUGAUCCUUGCACUUAAUUAGUAGAAAAGAAAUUUUCCCAGGAUUGCCACAAAAUAUGUAGCUGUGUCCUGGCUUUGUUAUUUAAGAUACCAGUCUGAAUUUUUUUAGUUGACAUUUACAUUUUUUCAUACCACUUGUGACUUCCACAGGCUCUCUUUGUGUCUUUUAUGGUUUCACAGUGUUUCUUUCAUCUGGAAUAUCGCUUUUUAAAAGUUGAAAUAACAAGCUUUGUCACGUACCAGAAACUUUUUAUACUCAGAUUUCUGUUUAUUUACCAUACAGAGCUCACUGUGGCUGCCUGUCUUACUGUUCCCUACAGUACAGCGCUCACUGUGGCUGCCUGUCUUACUGUUCCCUACAGUACAGCGCUCACUGUGGCUGCCUGUCUUACUGUUCCCUACAGUACAGAGCUCACUGUGGCUGCCUGUCUUACUGUUCCCUACAGUACAGCGCUCACUGUGGCUGCCUGUCUUACUGUUCCCUACAGUACAGAGCUCACUGUGGCUGCCUGUCUUACUUUUCCCUACAGUACAGCGCUCACUGUGGCUGCCUGUCUUACUGUUCCCUACAGUACAGCGCUCACUGUGGCUGCCUGUCUUACUGUUCCCUACAGUACAGCGCUCACUGUGGCUGCCUGUCUUACUGUUCCCUAGGUUGAAGCUUGUGAUUCUGAGGUGAAGAACGCAGGCAGGAAUGCAUGAUCUCAUACCCGCCUUUGUCUGGGUGAAUUCCCCCAGAGGCCUGCAGGUGGAAUGUAUGCAGUGCUGACUGAAAACCGUCACUGUCUCUCAUAUCUUUUACCCCCAGUGUAUUAUGGACUAUAUUUUGGGGUUCCUCCAGUCUAUAUUCCUACCCAGAACCAGGCCAAUGUGGGUAGUAGUGGCAGGGAGAGGGGAAGGGCUGGGUGGCGGAAUGCACCCUCCACCUACUGGGAACCAACUCUGAAAGUAACAAAGAAGGGAACUGCCGAGACUUGGAAAGCUCUGCUGACUUAGCUGGUGACCAGGUUUAGAUAGCCUAAAUUUAGCACUGGAUUUUGGUCUUGCCUUGACGUGCAGCUAGAGAAAGGAACAAACUGUCUCUCAGAGUCUCACCUAUGUUCCUGAAGAUAUGAUCCCCCUUCUGCAUCAGCUUGGGUGUCGUUGCUCACACUAAGAAAACCCCUAAACCAGCAGGAUUUAUGCUCCACAUGGAUCUGGUUGGUGCUUGGACAUCUUAAACCCUGGGUAUAACUCACCUGAGAAUCCAGCUCUUUGCUCACCUAUGUUUCCAUCUUUGUUUUAUAUUCAUGCCAGGUAUUUAAACCCUCAGCAUCAAGGCUGAAACUAAAAAUCUUUUUCUUUCUGCUCGUUUUAUGGUGCCUGUUAUCUGCUUUGAUAUCCAUAAUCUCAAUAGGAUUAGGUUCCUUUAUGUUAUACAGUCUUCUCCCACCACUAAGGAAGGUAUAAACUGAUCAGUGUGGAGAUGAGGGACUGUCCGGUCACGUUACAGUUGCCUUCAAGCCCACUCUGACUCAUGGAGACCCCAUGUGUGUAAGAGUAGAACUGUGUUCCACAGGGCUUUUAGUAACGGAUAUUUCAAAAGUGGAUUGAUUGCCAGGCUUUUCUUCUGGCUCCUCUGGGUGGUCUGCAACUUGCCACCUUUUUGUUAGCAGCUGUUUGCGCUAUCUAGGGGCUCCCUGUAUAGCUAAUUACGACCAACGGUGACUUACAUGGGUCUGAAAGGUGACGCUUCCUCUCCUCACCCUGCACUUGUUAAAAGCUGAGGAAGAGUUGAGAAUAGGAGAAGUGAUUAGACUUCCAGCAGUAGAUUUAGUUAACAUUAAAAAUUACUUCUCUAUACGGCCCUAUAUUAAAGGCCAUAUAUGUGUUAAGGGGUUUUACCUGUAUUAACUAUGUCAUGUCAUUCAGUUGCCACAAUAACCCUGUGAAGUAGCUGGUAUCAUUUUAAAGAUAAGGCAAAAGGCCCAGAGAGGUUAAGUCAUUGACUCAAGGCCACAUAAUAAGUCAAUAGGCGUAUGUCACAAGACCUAAGAGCCCUGAAGAGGAGUAGUGGGAAAUACACCUGGAAAGGCAGACCGGUUUAACAGGACAUGCUGCCUGGUUGAAUGCAGGGUUGUGAAGAGAACUGUACCAAGGGAUUUAGAGCCUGGGUGACUGGGACGAUUAUUGUGCUGUCUGUCAACAAGCAUUGAGAAGACUGCUGUGCUAUCAACAGGUACUGAGAAAUCAGGACGUGGGGAAUUUAAGUGACUGUCUUCCUUAGAAAACUGCAGUGGCCAGUCCUGGGUCGGGCACACAGUAAUAGUAAAGGCUAAUGUACAGACACAGCUUGGACACUGUACCGAGCACUUCGUUAGCUCACUGAAUCCUUGCAGCAGCCUUUAGACGUAGGCUCCAUAUGGACACUUCAGAGCUGGAUACAACUGAGGCUUAGAAAGGUUGAAUAAUUUGCUGAACACAGCUAACACGGUACAACCAGUCACACCCAGGUCCUUUUCUUUAAAAAAACUUAAUUUUAGAAUAGAUUUACAAAGACAUUGCACAGAUAGCACAGAGUUCCUAUGUGGUUUUCCCUCAUAUUACCAUCUUACAUCAUUAUGGUAUAAUUGUCACAACUAAAGAGCUGGCUUUUCAUCUUGGUCCUUUUUCUAAGUACAGAGCUCAUGCUCUUAACCCCUGCACUGUAUUUGGCUUGGCUUAUAGGUGAGCUGGAAUUCGUUUUACGGGGGUAGCUCUUUCCUCCUCCCUUUCCUUCCACCUCUCUCUCCCUCAUGCUCCCAAGAAGGAAAAUGAGUUCAGCAGGCUUCCCCACGUGUGAAUCAGUUUAACUUGCCGCCUUCUAGGGCGUAGAAAAAGGUACAUCUUACUCUUCAGUGGGGAUUUAUGGAAUAGGGUAUUAUAUAGAGAUUAUGUUGCAACAAGGAACUUAACUGGAAAACUUGUAAUAGAACCAUGUUGUAAUGUUAAAAUUCAAUCAGAGUAGUUCAUCUUUAAGAAAAGAUUAAAAGGCAUUUAAAAAUUUCCUAGGAGUAAAUAUGCCAUUCUAAAACCUCUUAAUAUAUAACAACUUUUUUUCCUUAAGGGCCAAAACAGGAAAUUAUUUAGAAAUCAGAAUGGUAAAAUUCAUUCAAAAGAAAUUAUUUUCAAAAGUAAAUGGAAUGGUUUCUUCUUUAAAGUUCAGAAAUUAUAUGGAAACUUACUUAGAGAUCAAAUUAAGUCUUGCGUUCUUGAAAAUGUUAUGUAGUGAAUAAA